AUGGACAUCUGCGACCCCCGUCGAGACUCACGCACGCCACAUUCAAGCGGAAGACAACAUGUCUCCAAGAAGUCAGGACGACUCGACAGCACGCCCUCUGCUUGGGUUAUGUUCGGGCGGGAAGGCGCAAACGAUAACAAGCCACGCCUCGCAAUCGUCAGACUCGUGUCGCUGCGCCAUCCCGGGAUCCGAAAGAACAAAAGACAGAGAGAGAGUGAGGAAGUCAGUCAGACCAGCUGGAUGACAGGGUCUCCUCGGCCAUUUGAGGGUGCAAGCUCGACGGGACUCCUGCCGGGCUGGACGUCGGUCUAUCAGGAGGAUGAAGCUCUUUCCUGCCGGUCUGGACAUCGGUCUAUCAGGGAUGGAUCACCUGCCGGGCUGGACAUCGGUCUAUCAGGGAUGAAGCUCUUUCCUGCCGGUCUGGACAUCGGUCUAUCAGGAGUAGGUCACCUGCCGGGCUGGACAUCGGUCUAUCAGGGAUCAGACACCUAUAGGCUCUCAGCUUCUUACCAGGUGGACGACAAGCGUGAAGAAGGAAAGAAAGAGAAGAAGACGAGCUGA